UUCGAAACAGCAAGGCAAUGCAGAGGAAAUGGAAGGCUGUGCUAGCUAACUAGCUUUCUAGCUGAGCGAAUCCAAUAAAUAUUCAAGAGUUGUUACCUGUGGAUGUCAAAAUGGACCCGAUGGAAAAUAACAGCACCUCUGAUGAAUAUAAUGAAGAGGAACAGCAGAGCCAGUCAGAAGGGGCCGAGUCGAGUGUCAGGCCGACCAUGUCUCAGGUUAAGAAGUCCUGGGGCUUCAGGAGGACAACCAUCGCUAAAAGGGAGUUCUUGGAUGAAGUCGGAGACCUAACCCACAGUCCUCCAAUUGUUCGCAGGGGCCGAAGUCGUCGCUCCAACCAGACACCCCCGCCCACUCCAGAAACCUGCACCACCCAGAGAGCUAAUAGCGCAACUAAGAGUGUUCUAGAUGAGCUUGAGUGGUCUGCCCCAUCGUCACCUGUAUCAGAGGAGAGCAAGCCGGCCUCCGAAGCUUCUGCAGGAGGGAGCCUUGAUCCCUGCUUAUGGCAAGAUUUUGGGUCUGCCUUCUCCACUGCCUUCUCACUGCUCGGUGGGAACGAGGGCAUGUCAAUGGAAAUGUCAGAUGCGCUGGCAGUUCCUGACAGUUUGGAAGCCACUGGUGCCAUUGAGGCCCCUCAGCCAGAGGUUAUAGAGGACACAGAGAUGCCUGAUAAUAUUGAAUCUGCUGAUGAAAUGGAGAUCUCGCAACCCGUUACUCCUGAAAACGUGGCAGGAGGGGACAACGAUGACGUGGUGUUGAUUUCUAGUCAAGAAGAGGACAGUGAUGAUAUGACUCUGAUACAGAUUAAAGAGCAACUGGCAUCCAAAAGCAGGCAGGGAGACACAAGAGCUAGAGGGGGGCGAGGUGGAAGAGGAAAGGCCAGAGGAAGGGGGAGAGGCAGAGGAAGAGGCAGGGGAAGAGGUAGAGGAAGGGGCAGAGGGAGGGGGAGGGCAGCUGCACUUCAAUCAAACAUAGUAGAUGAUGAGGACAACGAUGACGAGGUGGUUCUUGUUAAUCCAGCUGAACAGCAGCUGCAGCAGGAGGAAAAAGAAAAUGAUCCACACGGCUCUGCUGAAAUAGAGAUCUCGUCUACUAACUCUGACACCACUCUGAGUCCCACUCAGCAGUCAAGCUCAGACUGCAUAGUCAUAGACACUGAUUUAGACCAGAUUACUGAUGUCACGCCUGGCCAGUAUGAUGAUGCACCAGAGGAGGUGGAGGAGGAGGAGGAGGAGAAGAAAAACGAUAAAAAGUGGUCAGGCAUAUCAGACAACGAGGGCUCUGACUCCAAUGCUCUGUACUGCAUCUGUCGACAAAAACAAGAUAAAAGGUUCAUGAUCUGCUGUGACAGAUGCCAGGACUGGUUCCAUGGGGACUGUGUUGGUAUCACUGCGACACAGGGCCGUAAGAUGGAGAGGAAAGGGGAGGAGUACAUCUGCCCUCCUUGCACCACAAAGAAGCAAAUCCAGCUUCAACCGGAGGUUCACAUUCAACCGGAGGUUCACAUUCAACCGGAGCCUGAGCUAAGCUAUCCUGAAUACCUGACGCUUAGUCCUCCUGGUGGAGAACAGGAGGGGCAAGUAGAGCAGCAAAAACUAAAGGGGACUGUAUUGGUGUUGGAGGAGGAGGAGGAGGAGGAGGAGGAGGAGGAUGAGGAGGUGGCUCCUAUAACAAAGCCUGAACCAGAGCCUAAGCCAGAGCCUGAGCCUGAAGCUGAGAUGGAGACAGACAACUUGCUUCCUCACUGCAUUGGACCCAGCUGCUCAAGACAAGCCCUACAGGACUCAGUCUACUGUGGUACUGACUGCAUCCUGCAGCAUGCUGCCGUCACUAUGAAGACUCUGUCUAGUCCAAAGGUGCCCAAGACCAGAGGUCGGCCACCGAAAAAAGCAGCCACUGCCAGACCCACCGCAAAGGGUCAGAUGGCGGGUAGGAUGUCUAAGAGAUUAGCAGAAAAGGCUGAGGAGGAAGGUGAAGAGGAGGUGAAGGAAGAGCAGGAUGAUGGGCAGGAGGAGGCCACCUCUCCAUUAGCCUGCGACCCCAGUCUCACAGAAGUUCAGGCCACUUCCAUACCGUCAUCUAAGUUAAACACAGCGUCUUUAAAGGACAGUAAACAGGAAGAGGCUGACAGUGAAGCUGUUACUCCAUCAAAACAACCUCCAGAGGACACCUCAAUAAAUGCAGCUCCAUCCUCCCAGCAUGCAUCUGAGCCAGCCCCACCACAGAGCGUCUCUCAAGUAAAAGAGCCAAUCAACAGUGGUGUGCCUGAGCAGAAAUCUGCAGAAUCAGAUCCCUCUAUACAACCCAACCCAGCUAAACCUAGUCCAUCUCCAGCUGCUCCGUCCACAUCCACCUCAGCUACUAGACAUCAUGAAACAGGCGCUCUUAUGGUCACUAAGACGGCAUACGUCAUACCAAAGAAGCAGCCCGGACCCCAGCCUCCGUCCAGCCACGUGUCGUCUUCAGCAGCAGGUCCGAAGCCUCCGUCAGCCCCGACGCUGCUGAACGAAACCAGAAACCUGCUGGUGCCACCUGCACCCAGUGCUCCCUCCUCCAGACCAUCUCAGCCCAAUAACCAGAUCAGACAGAGCAUCCAGCGCUCCCUCUCUGGCAUCCUGUUUAAAAGGUUGUGUGAUUGUGACGAUUUGGAGAUGUCUGAGAGUGAAGUUGCAAAGCUUGUCGCGAGCAUUGAGAUGGAGAUGUUCGACAUAUUUCGCAACACAGACAGCAAAUACAUGAACAAGUACAGAACUAUAAUGUUCAACCUGAAAGACCCAAGGAACAAGGGUUUGUUGUGUCGGGUUGUACAUGGAGAGAUCAGUCCCUUCAGACUGGCUAGGAUGAGCCAGAAGGAUAUGCAGGCUACCAAAGCAUCAGAGCCAAGUGCAAAAGAAACAACUGAGGUUAAGGAUUCUGCUGCUAAAGCAAGAAGUCUGCAGCAGAAGCCUGAAGCAGUGAAGGUUGAUUUGCCCAGUUUGAAUCCCGUUAGACCCAACAGAAGCACGGUUGCUUUCCAGGAACAAAAGAAAAGUCUUCCCGCUCCUGCACUCAAGACCAGAACGAGCCAACCAAGCCAGGGCCGUGCUGUACCAGAUAUCCUCUCCUGUAUGCUGAAGGACACAACGUCGGAGCACAAAGCUCACCUCUUUGACCUGAAAUGCAAGAUAUGCACAGGCCAAAUGCUAGUCGGGGAAGAGGAGGAACCAGCAAAGAAAAAACCCAAGCUUUCUGAAACAAGAGAUAAACAUGAACCCCUUUGGAGGAAGACUGCAGGAGAUGACUCGCCUCUGCGGGCGCCACCUGACUCACCGGACAUGGAUUCGCCGACAUCAUCCCUAAUUGAUCCUUCAUCCCGCCUUAUCAUUGACGUUCCAGCAUUAACUAUUGUAGAAUCCCCUGCGUCCCCAAUAAUGGACUCUCCAGCCUCCCCUACUUUAGACUCUCCUGCCUCCCCUGUCAUGGAGUCCCCCGCAUCCCCAACUCAAGACAUUCCUAAAACUACAAUACGUAAGAGAGCAUACACACCAGUUGUGAUCCCUGCUGUCUCCACAGUAACCAUCACAAGGCGUGACCCCCGCACUGCAGCAAACAGGUUCUCUGCUUUGUCUAGUGGCACCUCUGGUCCCAGUAACCCAACCCGUAACCAAUCAGUCCCUUAUGCUCCUCUUAAAGAGACCAUCUCUGCAUCUCCAUCAGCUCCAGUCCCCUCUCCACCACCAACGAAACCAUUACCUAAAUCUAUCUUAAUGAAGCCCUCUUCCUCUGUGGAUCCCAGACUCUAUGGCACAUCCCAAAGGACGGUGAUCUCUGAAUCCCCAGCUGAUGGGGAGACUUCUCAGUUCUUGGCCAAGCAAGACAUAGUGUGGAAAGGCUUCCUAAACAUGCUCACUGUGGCCAAGUUUGUCACCAAGGGAUAUCUGAUUUCAGGACCUGCUGAAAAUCUCAAAAUGGAUCUACCUGAUACCAUACAAAUUGGAGGACGAAUCCUGCCUCACACAGUGUGGGACUAUGUUGCAAAACUAAAGAGCUCUGUUACAAAGGAGUUAUGUGUGAUCCGUUUUCACCCUGCAACAGAGGAGGAAGAGGUGGCCUAUGUCUCCCUGUUUUCCUAUUUUAGCAGCAGAGGACGUUUUGGUGUGGUCGCCAAUGGCAACCGUUCCAUCAAGGAUAUAUACCUUGUCCCACUCAGUGCAAAGGAAUCAAUUCCAUCCAUGCUACAACCUUUUGACGGACCAGGGCUUGAAAAAAACAGGCCUAAUCUUCUCCUGGGUCUGGUAGUCAUCCAGAAGGCAAAACGUCCAGGAAGCUUGCCUCAGGAAAUUGAAGAGAAGAGACCCAAAGUCCUUAUGUCCAAAGACCCUAUGUGGAUUCCAAAACCCCCAGUCCUCUAUGGUUCUGACAAAUUGGAAAUGUUCCAACCAUACGAUCCAGAGACUCCUGCUAGCACCACACCUCCUGGCACACCACCUUGCCCUGGGUCUCCAUCAGACUCUUCCUCUUCUGGCUCAGUGACCAUGCCACCUUGUUCGACUUCCGUUAGAACACACCCUCCUGUUUCUACCUCAGCUGCUGUUGCUGCCACUAAGUCCACCAGCUCUGACAAGAAUCCCACAAAAACAUCCAGUAAUAAGUCACCGCUGCAGACUAUCUUAAAGAGUUUGUUCGGCAACAAGCAAACUGACUCUGUUGUCUCUUCUGACGGAAGUUCUACAACAACAACAACAACAACAACAACAGUUGGUGCUAAGAAGGUCCAAAUGUUUUCUCAGAGGUCUAGAUCAAUGGUGGAUCCAAUUGUCCAACAGUAUGGACAGAAAUCCAAAGUAAAGAAAAUGGAAGAAGAAGAAGAAAAUGAAUUUGACCGACCAUAUGACCCAGAAGAGGAGUAUGAUCCAGCAAUGGGAUAUAGACAGGUUGCUCCUAAGAGCAUUGAAACAAUUAAGGCCGAUGGCCCUGCAAUACCCGGCUUUGUAGACGAUGGUGUGGCCUAUGAUCCAGAGGACGAGACCAUCUUUGCAGAUAUUCAAAGUGAAGUUUUAACAAAGCAACCUGUUCCAACUCAAACGUCAGAUUCUCCACCAUGCCCAACGACAAUUUCUACCCAGAUUGUAACGCCAGCUCCAGCACAAACCUCCACCCCAGCUGGAGUAAUUCAGAACAUUCCUACAGGCACUGUAGUUGUCUCAGCUGCAACACUAACUGAACAACAGCGGAUGCUUGAGGAGCUCAAUAAGCAGAUUGAAGAGCAGAAACGGCAGUUGAAGGAGCAGGAAGAGGCACUACGUCAACAGAGAGAGGCUGUGGGUAUGUUCAUGGCUCACUUUUCUGUUUCUGAUUCCCUGAUGUCUCCACCACAAAAACCUUUGCCUCCGAGUCAACUGUCAGGAUCAACAGACAAGACCAGCAACCUUACAGAGACUGUGGAAAGUUUAAAUGCGGAUUCACAAACUGUUAAGCUAGAAGACUCAACUGCCAUCCCUCAUUUAGAAAAUGAUACAAAUACUAUCACAGAGCAAGAUGAAACAAAGGACGAUGUUAAGGAUGACGACAAGUAUUCCUCUGCUGGAGAAAUUGAAGAUUCUGAUGUAGCUUAUGAUCCUGAGGACGAAACACUUUUUAAUGAAAUGCAAGAUGAUGUAUUUCAAGGAGGCAGUUUAAAGACUUGUGAUUCAUCUUUGUCUAGAACAGGACAUAGUUCCGGCCGCAAGGGCACUUCUCAUAAUGCAUACCACAGCAGAAAGAGAAGGCUAUCACCAAAGAAGCGAAGUCAUCGUGAAAGAGUCCGCAAUAGAAGUCCUUCAAGAAGUUCACAGCAGCGUUCUCCUUCACAUUCCCGGCGACGAAGGGAAAGGGAUCGACACAGAAGAAGUGAAAGGGACAGGUCAAGGCAUAGCGCUAGAGAGCAGUCUGAACGCCAGGGUCGCCACCGUAAAGAGCAUGGUACACACCGGCAUUCUCACGGGCGUAGAAGAUCCCCAUCAUCUCCUAGCAAAAAAGAUACAGGGUCCCUUUCACCAAAGCAGAGCAGAGGAACUUCCCCACAAUCCCUUGAGAAUUCAACGGCUUUAAAUGUUCUAUGUAAUGCUCCAAACUCUUCAGACUCUGUUGUUGGACAAUUUGUAGAGAAUAACAAAUCAUCAUUUACCUCGGUUACUAUUAAAAAUGACCCUGAUCUUGUCGAGAACGCUGUUAAAGGCUUUUCUUCCUGUUCACAUGAACUUCUUCACAAUGUGAAGCUUGAAACUACAGAACCACCAAAAUCCCAGGAGCCUCAAAAAACUGUAGUCAGUGGCCAUGACGACACAGGUAGUGGUUCUUCUACACACGUGAAUAAACCCUCUCAACAAGAGACUUUCAUGGACAAACUCGAUAGUACAGUUCCUCUGAGAGAAAUUGAUCCACCCAUUCGAGAUUCUCCUCACAGCCCUGAUCCAGAGCCACAAUUUGUGAAACGUAGCUGCAAAGAAAAUAGUGACUCUGUAAAAAUUGAGGAAAUGAGAGAUCUUUUGAUGGAUAUCAGCGACUUAAAGGCAAAUGUUAAAGUUGAAAAUAAUCCUCUGCCUGUUGGAGGUCAAACAACAAUGUCCAAUAUGCAGUGGCCUUCUGUUGGAGGUGCAAUAUCAGAUGGUAGAGAUAUUGGUUUCAGAGCCCUAAAUCUUAAGGUUCCAGGUGUCAGAGAUAAGGAUAUGAUCGAGCAAGACCAACAGAUAGAAGGGGGAAUUCCAGGCUUAAAGCAUCAAGAUGUACUGGGCCAAGGGGGAGAACAUUCAAAUCAAGCUACAGGCACAGAUGUUCAGGGCUCUGGACCUGAAAUAGACCCUGUACUAAUGCAUCAAGGACAUGGUAUGAGUGGUCCAGGUAUUAGGAAUGCAGGAUUAGAUGUGAAAGAACUAGGACAUAGGGGUCCACAGAUCGAUCGUAGAGAAACAGGAUUUGGAUUCCCAGGGCCUGAGAUGAGAGAUCCUGGCAUGCAAGGCAUGACUCUCAACAUUUGGGGUCCUGGAUCACACACACGAGACCUGUCUAGUAUGCAAGGUGUGAACCCAGAAGUAAAAGGUCAAAGCCCUGAUAUUAGACCCAGUGAUACAGAAAUGAGGGGACAACAUCUUGUAACAGCUGUCCCGCAGAUAGAAGGUAGGGCUCCAGAUAUUAUAGGAAGAGGUGGCGGCCAAAAAGAUAGAAGUUCUCCAGGUAUGAGAUCUGCUAUGAGGGCUGGUGGUGUAAGAGAUCCAAGUCCAGAUAUGAGACCAGGUCCAUCUUUUAGGGGUUCAGGAAGAGUUCAAAGGCAAUCUAGGCAUGAUGGCAGUUCAGUUUUAGAGGAAAGGGGCCCUUCGAAAAGGUCUUUCCAGGCUCAUGGAAGAGAUGCAGACUUGAGCGGGAGGGGUGGUGUUCGAGAGAGGAGUUUAGAUUCAAAUGCAACUACAGGUCCAGAUGGUAGAGUUCUAAGAGCAAUGACAGAUGAAAGGUGGGGCCUGCAAAGCGGGCAAGAUGUACCCAUGAGAGAACCAGGGCCAAACAUAAAAUAUGAAAGUGGUGUACAAGACAGGAGCGGGCCUAGAGAACUAUUCAAAGAGCCACGGCCUGAUAUUAGGGCUGAAAGGACUGGGCACGGCGCUGACCGGGGAGAAUCAGAAACUAUGCAUGAAUUAAGAAGGCCAGAAAGCAGUUACAUGCAGGCUGGUCAAGAUAUGGGUAGUGUGGGCAGCUCGGAUACAAGGGGCGAUGGCUUUCCAUACAUUGCCGAUCCAGAUCGGAGAGGUCCAGGACCAGGUGCUGUUGGUCCUGAUAUUGGGGGCCAGAGGAGUCAAUAUAAAGGCCCGGGUCCACAUAUGAGGGGUCUAGAUUGGAGUGGCCCAGGAUCAGACAUAAGAGAUGAUUGGAGAGGGCCAGAUAGGAGAGGAUCAGGUCCAGUCAGAGGAGGGCCAUUUGAAGAUGAAAUGAUUCAUCAGCCUGAUAGAAGAGGUACAAACAUGGAGGGCCAGGGACCUGACAGAAGAAGUGCUGGAGACCUAGACUUUAGAGAAUCAGGUUCUGAUAUCAGUGGUCCAAUCAUGGAGGGACUCAGGCAUGACAGGAGGAGACCAGGAAGUGCAGAUUUCAUGGGACAAGAGCCUGAAAGGAGAGGUCCAACUAGGGGCAAAGUAGGGCCUGGUAUUCAUGGACCAGGGGGUCCAGACAUUGUUGGACCAGGACUUGAAAGGAGAGGGCCAGCUUUGGAGGGUCCAGGGCCUAACCACAGAGGACCUGGUGGUCCAGAUUUCAGAGGACCAGGACCUGAGAGAAAAGCUCCAGAUAUGGAGGGUCAAGUACCUGGCGUGAGAGGACCGGCAGGUCCAGAAUUCAGUGGUACAUGGCCUGAAAGGAGAGGACCUGAUAUGGUUGGUCCAGGGCCUGAGAGGAGAGGUCCAGCUUUAGAGGGUCCUGGGCCUGACAGGAGAGGUCCUGGAGGUCCAGAUUUCAGGGGACCAGGGCCUGAAGGCAGAGGUUUAUCCAUGGAGGGUCCUAGGCCUGACAGGAGAGGACCUGGAGGUCCAGAUUUCAGGGGACCAGGGCCUGAAGGCAGAGGUUUAUCCAUGGAGGGUCCUAGGCCUGACAGGAGAGGACCUGGAGGUCCAGAUUUCAGGGGACCAGGGGCUGAGAGGAGAGGUCCACCAAUGGAGAUUCCUGGGCCUGACAGGAGAGGACCUGGAGCUCCAGAUUUCAGGGGACCAGGGGCUGAGAGGAGAGGUCCAUCAAUGGAGAGGCCUGGGCCUGACAGAAGAGGUCCUGGAGGUCCAGAUUUCAGGGGACCAGGGCCAGAGAGGAGAGGUCCAUCAAUGGAGGGUCCUGGGCCUGACUUGAGAGGACCUAUAGGUCCAGAUUUCAGGGGUCCAGGGCCUGAAAGCAGAGUCUUAUCUAUUGAGGGUCCUGGGCCUGUCAGGAGACGACCUGGAGGUCAGGAUUUAAUGGGACCAGGGCCUGACAGGAGAGGACCUGGAGGUCCAGAUUUCAGGGGUCCAGGGCCUGAAAGUAGAGUCUUAUCUAUGGAGGGUCCUGGGCCUGACAGGAUAGGAUCUGAAGGUCCAGAUUUCAGGGGCCCAGGGCCUGAAAGCAGAGGCUUAACAAUGGAGGGUGCUGGGGCUGACAGGAGAGGACCUGGAGGUCCAGAUUUCAGAGGACCAGGACCUGAAAGGAGAAUACUAGCCAUGGAGGGUCCUCGGCCUGACAGGAGAGGCCCUGUAGGUCCAGAUUUUAGGGAACCAGAUCCUGAGGGAAGAGGUCCAUCUUUGGAGGGUCCUGGGCCUGACAGAAGAGGUCCUGGAGGUCCAGAUUUCAGGGGACCAGGGCCAGAGAGGAGAGGUCCAUCAAUGGAGGGUCCUGGGCCUGACUUGAGAGGACCUAUAGGUCCAGAUUUCAGAGGACCAGGACUUGAAAGGAGAAAUCUAGCUAUGGAGCGUCCUGGUCCUAACAGUAGAGGAACUGGGUGUCCAGAUUUCAGAGGACCAGGACUUGAAAUAAGAGGUCCAGCUAUGGAGGCCCCAGGACCUAACAGAAGAGGAUCAGGCGGUCCAGACUUUAGUGGCCCGGAACCUGAUAGAGAAGGCCCUGUUAUGGCUUGCGUCUGGCCUUCCAAGAGGGUAUCAGAAGUUCCAGAUUUUAGCGGGCCAGGAUAUGAAAGGAAAGGUCACACUAUGGACAGUCAAGAACCAGACAGGAGAGGACCAGGAGGUCCAGGUUUCCAGGGACCCAGGCCGGACAGGAAAGAUAUAGCUAUGGAUGGACUAGGGCCUGACAGGAGAGGACCAGGAGGUCCAGAAUUUAGAGGGCCUGUGUGUGAAAGUAGAAGUCCCUCUAUGAAGAGUCAAGGACUUGAAAGGAGAGGUCUAGGAGAUGAAAACCCUGAUAUACAUGGUGCUGACAGGAGGGGACCAUAUGUUAGAGGUCCAGGGAGUGACUUUACUGAAAUGGGCCCUGAAAGAACUGGUCCAGGCAUAGAAGGUCCAGGGCCUGAUUUUAGAGGACAGAGGGGAACACACAUCGGGGGUCCAGGGCCCGAAAGUGGACAACAACAUAUUGUGGGCUCAGGGCCUGACAGGAGAGGUCCAGUUAUCAGGGGACCAAGGCCGGAAGGACCAGGUUCCAGUAUGGAGGGCCCAGGGCCCAACAGGAGUGUGCCAGGUGGUCCAGACAUGAGGAGACCAGGGCUUCACUAUUCAGAUCCAAACAGAGAGGACCCAGGGGCUGAAAGGAGAGGUCCAGAAGGUCCACAUUUCAGAGGGCCUGAGCCAGAAAGAAGACCUCCAAAUAUGGAGGGACCAGAGUCUGAUUGGCGAGGUCCACAGAUCAGGGGGGGGAGGCCUGAAAGAACUGUUGUGGAGUGUCCAGGGCCUGAUAGGAAACGUCCAAGAGGUCCAGAUUUCAGAAGACUUGGUUGUGAAAGUAUAGGUCCAGAAAUUGAGGGCCCUGGGCCUGGCAGACAAGAACCUCGAGGCUCAGGCUUUAGAGAGCCUGGACAUGAAAGAAGAGGUCCUGAUUUGGAGGGCCUAGGACCAGAAUUGAGAAGAACUGGUGGUCCACACUUUAGAGGCCGAGGGAUCAGACCGAGAGGUCCAAAUUCAGAAGGUCUAAGACACCGAAGAGAUGAAUGGGGAGGGGCUGAAUUUGGCGGGGCAGAACCUAUCCAAGAGAGCCAAGAUAUUGCAGGCCAAGGAGCUGAUAGAACAAGACGCAACUUGAGGGGUUCAAGGCCUAUGAGGGGAGGCAUCAGAGGACCAGAAGACAGAUGGAAAGGGCCAGACUUCCGGGGCUCUGCUCUUGAUAGGAUAGGCACAGACACAGAGGAACAAUGGUCCGAUGAAAGAGGGCCCAAUAUGGAGUCUGUAGGAAAUGAAAGAGAAUGGUCAGGAGAUGAUUGGAAAAGACAUGGCAACAGAGGUCCAGGCCCCAUCCAAGACGGUCUAGGUGAGCAGGUUCAAGAGCAUAGCAGGCAAGGUCCUUGUGGGGAAUGGAGAGGCCCUGAACGUAGGGGGCCAAGGUCCACACAGGAAAGACCAAAUAUGCCAUUUCCAGGGCCUUUGAGAGGGCCAAGAGAUGAUUGGAGUGGUCCUGUUUGCAGAGGCCCAGGGCCUGUCCAGGGUGACCAAGAUAUGGUUUGCCCAGGGCCUGGUAGGGGAGGACCUGGAGAUGGAUGGAGAGGGACUGAAAGAGGGGGUGCUGGACCAAAUAGAAGGGGGCGUGGACCAUUUUUCAGUGGGGAAAGAGAUCCUGACAAUCGAGGUCAAGGCUGUGAUAGAAGAGGUCCAAAUGUGGGAGAACGAGGAUCAGAUGUUAGAGGGGGGAAUAUGGGGAAUGACCGGAUGCAGACAGAUUUCAGGGGUAAUAUGCGAAGGCCAGACAUGGAAGGACAUGGUGUUUACAGGGGAGCUCCAGGCUUUGAAAUGGAAGGCUUUGAUAGAAGGGGCCCCAGAGGUCGAGAUUCAAGACCCUCAGGGCCUGAAAACAGAAAUUCAAACAUUGAAGGUCCAGGGACUGAUGAGCAGUUUUCAGAUUAUGGGGGAUUAGGAUCUGAAAGGCAAGGUGUAGACAUGGAAAGCCCUAGAACAGGUAGACAAGGAUUUGACCCUGCUUUUAGGAGGGGAAGUAGAGGUCGAGUUAUGAGAAGGCCUGGUAAAUCAGAUAGCAGGGGAACACCUGAAAGUUCAGAUAGAAGACAUGGGCCUGAGAGGUGGGAUACAAACACAGAGGGUCCUUGGUCAGAUAGAAGAGGUCCAGAUAUGGGCCCAGGGUUAGACUCAAGAGAAUUUGAGCCAGCCAUGAAGGAUGACCUGCAAGGGUCAAAUAUAAGGGGUCCAGGGUGUGAUAGCGGAUGGCCAGAGAGUACAGCAUUACCUCAUUUCACUAGUCCUCAUCAAGGCCCUAGGGAUCCACAUUCUGCAACAUACGAUGGACCACUAGGUCCAACUCAAAACAGUGGAGGAAACUCAGACCCUGGUUUUCACAAUCUACAAAAUCAGCACGCAGUAAAGCCCCAGAAACUCAGAGGUGCCUUGCUUCCCACUCCAACAGAAGGUCUCAUACGCUUUCCAAAUCAUAUGAUCAACAAUCCUGAUGUCUUUAGCCCAAAAAGGCAAAAAAUAGGUCCCCCAGCAGACAGGAAGUGGAGUAGAGAUAGACCAGUGAGUCGAGAACGAGAAUUGAUCAAAGGUCAAAGACAGGAGCACGAGAAAAGUCCUGCCGGUAAAAUAAGCACACCUGAAAAUGAAAACAAAGGGGAUGGAGAACAAAAAAAGGAAGCGGGCAAUGAAACUGGUAAACAGGAUACGAGUGUAGAAACUAAAACCAAUGAAAGUAUGGACAGUGAUGGAAGUAAAAGCAAUGUCCAGUCAAGUUAGAAACAACAACAAAAUCAUAAAGCAUGGCCCCCUCGUGACAGCAAGGCUGUCAAAGUAGACCUGCAAGAAGUCUGAAGUAUCAUAACAUUGAAUAGAGAUACUACAGCAUAACACAAACUGAAUGUAUUUUUUCCCCAAGGAAAGCGUUUGUCCAUGUCCUAUUGAAAUUUCAAAAAGACUUACAGGCAAAGCCAUGUGGAAGAUCAGACAUUGUAGCUUGUUAUGAAAAUGCUCUUAGGUAUUUGAGUUUAUUAUGUAUUGGUUUGUCUUGCAUUCAAACUAGAUGCAUUUGUUUUUCUAUUGGAUUAUGACUAAAUGCCUCUUAAACUUAAUCAAUCACUUUAACUUGAUGUGCAUUUCUAGUCGGAAAUGGUAAGAAAUGUUUUGUACAGAUAAUGUACAGUUUUUUUGUUUGUUUGUUUGAUUUUUAACAUAGCCAUGGUGUCAGUACAGUAGCCUUGAUCUGGCUUUUAUGUUCUUCUGCUGAUUUAAAAAAUGGCUUGUUUCAUUGGUCUUUUAGAGUGUAAGAGGUCAAUAAAAUGAUUUUUU